AUGAUUCGUGUAUUUUUGCUGAUUAACUGUCUUUUCGGGGCGAAAAUUGAAAAAGAUGAAGCAAACGCAUUCCUCCGCGUUCGUCGAGCGAACACAGGAUAUGAAGAAUACAUGAACAGUGGAAAUUUGGAAAGAGAAUGCAUCGAGGAAACUUGCGAUUCUUACGAAUUUCAUGAAGUUUACGAUGAUCAUUCUAUUUCUGACCCGCUUUUGAACAAAUAUAUCCUGUGCAAAGAGUCCGAAAAGCUAUAUAACGAUGGAAAUGCAACAUCUACCCCUGAUUUUGUAAGAACUUGUUUCGAAAACGAGGAUUCGCCGACAAUUUGCAACAAAACUGAUAUUCAAAGACAACUUGCUGAAAAAAACACAGAAAUAAAUGAGCUGAAGGAUGAAUUAAAAAAUUUUAAGAAAAUACGAUUCCUGAAAGGAAAAGAGAAGAUGGAAUUUUUGGAUGCCGACAGAUAUUGUAAACAUCAAGGUGGAAGACUCGCAUUUUUCAACACGGAACACGAAUACAAUCAGUACAUCAGACUGAAGCCUUUUAGGCAAGAGCACAUCGGAAUGAGAUCAGUUACACCUGAAAAUCAAAUUUGGCGCAAUGUAGAUGGAUCUGUUCCAUACAUCAACUGGCAAACACCCCCAAAACGAUUAACGAAGCAAGAGCUUGCUGUGUGUAUUUCUUAUCCGCCAGAAACAUGUGGGGUCGCUAUCCAUCAAGAGUUUGUGCAUCUGGAAAUAGGUCUCAAUUACUGUGAUGGUGAAAAACUUCAUUUUACAUGCAGAUUAAAUUGA